GAUUGCAUUUAGAAGAAAUCUAACGAUUAACUGAUUCAUAAGUUCAGCUUGCUAAUCAGUGCGAUCACCGUCUGUAUUAAACAUGUCGCUAUCUGUGAAAGAAUUCAGUAAAGCAGCUUGGGUAGAGAUUUACAACCGGAUUAUUGGUGCUGUGGUAUUCCUGGACGAUCCCAGUGCUGAAUGCCUGCACUGGGACGGUGGCCUCUUCAACCUACUCUCUGGAGGAGCUGUUGCUGUAAAGUCAUUAUCACCAUUUGAGUAUUGCAAAUCAGAGCACAAGAAGGCUCUGUUCAUAACUCAAGCUACGGCCACCCAGCUGAGUACAAUCAAGGAGAUUAUACAAAACAGUGACUUCACUCACUGCCUCCUAGCCUCUACAGUUAGUCUAGAUGUGGUAUAUUUGGAGCUAAAUAAAGACAAAGAUGUUAGUGAUAUAAUCUCAGCUGGUAAAGCUCCAAUGGAAUGUGCUAAGAUGUUGGAAAGUAUGUUGCUUCAAUGGAUUAAUAAAGUUCAAUCAGCAGUAGAAGUAAUCCAUGUCCCAAUAUCCACCAUAAGUCUGACAAGCAAUGUGUUUGUGAUGCCUCCGUACAGUCCUGUGUACCCACUGUAUGAAGGCAAGCUGAUACCGACUACACCUUCUGUGGACCUCUACACCUUGUCUGAGAGUGAAAGAUCUCAAGUGCGUCGACUGGUGAGCUCUCUGAACAGCAUGCUUGAGGGUAUGAACCUGAAGGAGGAGGUGUACUACAUGGGCACCCACAGCUCCAUCCUGGCAGGAGUGCUGGAGAACUCGCCUGUCUGCCUUGCUAGGAGGAAGCUAUGCUCGUCACCAGCAUCUCUCCUCCUCAUAGACCGCACUCUGGAUCUCUGCGGCUGCGCGAGCCCCGCGCCCGAGUGUCUGCUGGACAAGGUGCUGGGCGUGCUGCCACGCCUGCCCGGGCACAGCACCGACGUGACCGUGGACAUGACGCCGCUGUGCGAGGCCAGUGUUACAUCAGUAACAGAUGACCUGCAGCUCAGCCCGGGGUGCCUCUACCACGCCAACGACAAGUACUGCGUGCAGACCUUCGAGCAGAUGAUCAACAAGACGCAGAAAGAGGUCAUGUUUGACCUCUACAACAAGCUGUCCAAGAUCGACGUGCAGCGGUCGCCGGGACCGAAGACUCUGCUGAAAGUCACGCCACAGAGUAUGGAGAAGAUUAUUAACGCUACCAAAGGAAAUUACGACAUCAUAGAGCAGCACCUGGGCCUCCUACAACAGGCUCUAGCCGUGGCGGGGACGCUCAGGGCGCCACAGCACGCGCAGCUCGAGCUGGCGGCCUCGCUGCAGCGGCAGGUCACGCAGAACAUCGCCGCCAGUCGCGAGGCCACUAGUGUGGGCAGGCAGCUGAGCCUACUGAUCAAGUCCCGCAAGGAGCGCGGGCUGCCCCUGGAGCGGCUGCUGGCGCUGCUGGUGAGCGUGUACUCGCUGGCCGGCGACGAGGUGCCCUUCCCCAAGCAGCAUGAAGAGGCACUGCUGGAGACGCUCAGUGUGGCUAUAUUUGAGGACCAUAAAAGCGUGUUGUCGUCGGCGGAGGGUCGCGUGGUGUCGCCGGAGCAGUGCGCGGCCGUUGCCGCCGACGUCCUUAGCAAACUGAAGGACAUAGCCAAAAUGAGGAGGAUACUGAAUAGAUACAACACAGUACUAAAGCCGACGGAGACGGGCGCGGGGCACGAGUACCGCGGGGUCCUGCAGCAGCUGGUCGACGACCUGGUGGACAGCGCAAGACCAGAGUUAGUUGACCUGCGACACCGCAACCACGGGGUUAAGGAUCUACUGAGGAGCGGGCUUAACAUCCUGACAAGCAAGAAGUCCCGCAAGCACCCGAUGGACGCUCCCACGGUCAUCCUCUUCAUCAUCGGCGGGGUCUCGCUGGACGAGUGCCGGCGCCUGCACCGCGCCGUCAUCACCAGCGGCGUUGACGCCAACGUCAUUAUAGGGUCGACGAAGAUCGUCACUUCUGUUGAUGCUAUGCGUGAUGUGUUGAGGCUGUGAUUUGUUGGUAGGUAGAUGCGGAUACAGUUUGGUAAAAGCUAACUUUGUUGGAAACAAGUGUCGACAUAAAAAAAAAACUUUACUUAAUUGGUAUUGUUGCCCGAUUAUUAUCGCCCGUGAUGAGGUACGCGGUACUUCUUACUUCAUUCAAUUAUGGCUAGCUACCAGUUAAAAAGUUCUUUCUCAUCUUAUACCCAUAACAAAGUUAGGGUCCCAUCUUAUACCCAUUACAAAGUUAGGGUUGUCGGACUCCAGUUCAUUAUUUUUACGUUUGUUGGUGAUUCUGUUUGUUGCUGUAAAUAUAGUCAUUUAUGUUGAGUAUAUUUAUUAAGUGAGUCUUAUUGUUUUGAUAUUAUAAAUGAUUUAUAUAAAUGUUAUUUUGUAUUUAUUAAGUUUGUGUAGAAAUGCUUCUUUGGCUAUCCUAUAAGUAUGUGCAGGAAGUACAGACUGUAAGUGUGAUAUUCAAAAUAAAAUAGCAAAGUUGACAUGAAAAAUGUUUAUUUGCAUGCCUUAAUCAAGAUUCAAUGUUAAAUUGCUAUUUAAAAUUCAUUAUCUCUAGUGAAAUAUUUGUAUCAUUGGAUUAUGGAUUACAUUGAGUACUAACACAGUAAAAUUGUACGUUAUUCGAGUAAAAUACAGAGUUACAGACACAUUUAUUACACAUCAUAAUAACUGGGUCGGCUUAAUACUGAAUUUAUUCUUAAGUAACUGUUUAAAAUACUUUUAUAUCCAAAAUCUCGUUUGAGUUCGGUCAAUGACCUACCUUUUUAUUUUUAUCGAUCAGGAUUAUAAUAUUUUUUACUACAGUAUUGUCACGAUUUAUAGAAGUUUGUAAAACACACAAUCAUAUUGUAUAUUAUGGAAUAAAUAGACCUGGCUGUUAAGUAUUUACAUUUUCAAUCAUCAUUUAAAUAAUCAA